GCCCAGCCAGAACUGCUUUUUUUAACGAGGAUAAAAAAUUUCCCCCUUCUGAAUAUUUUCUCAAAUGGGAACAUAGCUAGCCUUAAACAGAAAGACUUCAUUCAUUCACCCAUUCUGAAGACGUCAACUGAGUGCUGACGUCAACUGAGUGUUUAGCAUGGGGGCGGCAACGGCGGGACAUGCAGAGGAAAUGGAAGGUGGCGUCUAUCUGGGGAUGAUAAGAUGUUUGUAAGAUCAAGUGAUCACAGCAACAUAGGAACUGCCGAGAGGGAGCUGGGGCAGACUAUGCUGGGAGCCAAAUGACAGGAUAGGGAGUGUUCUAAGAGUACGGGGCAUGUGGUAUGGACGGGGGUCUGGGAAUCCAGAAGGUGGGGGUGGGGGCUGGGAAAGCUUCAUUUAGGAAGUGGGAUUUUUGCUGAGUUUGGUGGGGCAACAUGAGUCAGUGGCUGAGAGAGAACUCUAUCAUGGACAGGGAGGGGCUUGGUGAGGAUGGAGGAAGUUAGAGGGCCGCUGGUUAGGGGAAGAAUCAUUUCCCUCUCCUUAGCCCUGCCGGACAGGAACUGUCUCUAGGAGUCUCCAAACACGGUCUUCUUCACAGCCCUGGUGGCCGAGCGAGUCACCUCUCCCGGGGCCAGGGCUGUUGACAUGGGGGCUCUUCCUUGCCUGUUCCUUUUCCUGCUGCUCGGGGAGGCCAAAGGGGACUCUGGAGAUGAUGUGGAUCCUGAGGAAGUGGUCGCCGUCCUUCAUGAAUCCAUCUACCUCCCCCUGGAAAUACCAUCCGAUGAAGAGGUCGAGGACAUCAUCUGGUACUCCCACAAGAGGCUUGCAAUUGUGGUGCCAGAGAAAGAGGGGCGUCCUGCUAACAUCACAGUGACCGACCCACAUUACCGGGGUCGAGUGAGCUUCCUGGAGCCCAGCUACUCUCUGUACAUCAGCAAUCUGAGCUGGGAGGACGCAGGGCUUUACCAAGCUCGAGUCAACUUGGGGACAUCCCAGAUCUUUGCCACAAGGGACUACGAUCUACGUGUCUACCAAAGGCUGUCAGAACUCCAAAUCACUGUGAACUUCGAGAUCUCUGGGGAACGCACCUGUAAUAUGUCCCUGACAUGCUCCGUGGAGAAGGCAGGCAUGGACGUGACCUACAGCUGGCUCUCUUGGGGGGACAACACUGAUACAGUCCACGAAGGCCCUGUCCUCAGUGCAUCCUGGAGGCCUGGGGACAGCGCCCCCUCCUACACCUGCAGGGCCAGCAACCCUGUCAGCAAUGCCAGUUCUCAUCCUAUCCCUGCUGGCUCCUUCUGUGCAGAUCCCGGAUAUCCUUCUGAGAAACCCUCAACAGCCUUCUGCCUCCUGGCCAAGGGGUUGCUCUUCCUAUUCCUCUUGGUAAUCCUGGCUGUGGGGCUCUGGGUCAUCCGAGUCUGGAAAAGAGACAAAAUGCCAAGGAUGAAGAAACUCAGGAGAAACAGAAUGAAACUGAAGAAGAGGAGGACGCCUGGCCCCAGCCCUGUCUGACUGCUCCGUGGGGACCCCAGUCCUGAGCUUUGAUUCUUCCAGGCCCCAGUGACUCCAUCCUCAGCUCCAGGGUGGGGGGAGCAGGGCUCAGGGGUGGGUAUCCAAAGGGCAUCCCGAGGAAAGAGUAUCUGGAAAUAAAGUCAGGUUAAGUGACCACUA